AUGGCGAGUGGCGGUGGCGGUGGCGCUGGUAACACCGGCGCAGGUGGGGGCUCGGGGCUGGGCCUUAGCCUCGGCCUGGGCCUGAGCCUAGGCAUGGGUGAGGCCACCGGCGAGGCGGAGGAGGAGGCUGCCACGGCCGAGGCGGUGGGACGCCUGGCCACGGCUCUGUGGCUGCGGCUCCGCGGCUGGGAGGCGGUGCUGGCGGCAGCGCAGCGGCUGCUGGUGUGGGAAAAGCCGCUGCACAGCCUGGUCACGGCGGCCGCGCUCAACGGCCUCUUCUGGUUGCUGUCUUCUUCCUCCCUACGGCCCUUCUUCCUACUCAGCAUCUCACUUUUGGCCUAUUUUCUGUUGGAUCUCUGGCAGCCUCGCUUCCUCCCUGACAUCUCAGCAUCAUCCCCAGAGGAGCCACACUCUGACAGUGAGGGUGCGGGGUCAGGCGCCCGGCCGCACCUGCUGAGUGUGCCCGAGUUGUGCAGAUACCUGGCUGAGAGCUGGCUCACCUUCCAGAUUCACCUGCAGGAGCUGCUGCAGUACAAGAGGCAGAAUCCAGCUCAGUUCUGUGCUCGCGUCUGCUCUGGCUGUGCUGUGCUGGCUGUGCUGGGACACUAUGUUCCGGGGAUUAUGAUUUCCUACAUUGUCUUGCUGAGUAUCCUGCUGUGGCCCCUGGUGGUUUAUCAUGAACUGAUCCAGAGGAUGUACACUCGUCUGGAGCCCCUGCUCAUGCAGCUGGACUACAGCAUGAAGGCGGAAGCUGAUGCCCUGCAUCACAAACACGACAAGAGGAAGCGGCAGGGGAAGAAUGCACCCCCCGGAGGUGAUGAGCCACUGGCGGAGACAGAGAGUGAGAGCGAGGCAGAACUGGCUGGCUUCUCCCCAGUGGUGGAUGUGAAGAAAACAGCACUGGCUUUGGCCAUUACAGACUCAGAGCUGUCAGAUGAGGAGGCUUCGAUUUUGGAAAGUGGUGGCUUCUCUGUAUCCCGGGCGACGACUCCACAACUAACUGACGUGUCGGAGGAUUUGGACCAGCAGAGCCUGCCAAGUGAGCCAGAGGAGGCCCUGAGUCGGGAGCUGGGGGAGGGAGAGGAGACAGACCUGGCCCCUCCCGAAGACCUGCUGGGCUCCCCUCAGGCCCUCUCAAGGCAAGACUUGGACUUGGAGGAGGAAGAUGUGGCAUCCAAGGAAACCUUGCUUCGGCUCUCAUCCCCCCUUCACUUUGUGAACACGCACUUCAAUGGGGCGGGGUCUCCCACAGAUGGAGUGAUGCUCUCCCCUGGAGGACCAGUGGAGACACUGAGCCCAGAGGCAGUGAGUGGUGAUCUCAUCACUCCACCUAGCGCCCUGUCACCCUUACUUUGCCUUGCUGAAAAUGACCCGGCCCCUUCCCCCUCAGUACUCCCGCCUCUUCCCCAGGACUCACCCCAGCCCCUGCCUGCCCCCGAGGAAGAAGAGGCACUCACCACUGAGGACUUUGAAUUGCUGGAUCAGGGGGAGCUGGAGCAGCUGAAUGCAGAGCUGGGGUUGGGGCCAGAGACAUUCCCAGAGCCCGCUGAUGCUCCCCCCCUAGGGCCCAAUACCCCGUCUCUGGUACAGUCAGCCCAAGAGGCUCAGGCCACGGCAGAGCCAUGA